AUGUGGUAUCUGUGCGUGUUCUACCAUAGAUUGUUGGAUUACAGAAAACCCGAAGUCGAAUCUCUCGCUGAGCUCUUUGGUGCCUUCAAAGACACAGAUAACACUGACCCACCAAAGAAUUCAUUGGAGUGGAAGCUCCCUCAACACCACCACCCUGAUUCUCCUUUUCAUUUCGUUAAUCUGCCCUCUGAAGAAAUAGCCCGCAAUGUCGCCAGUCGUAGUAUUCUUGUGAAGGGGAUUUAUGAACUAUGGGGAGAAGGAAGUAGUUAUGAGGAACUGGAAUUGGCUAUAAAGUGUUGUCCGGAUGAGCAUAAGUUGCCAUACUUAACUCCUGGAAGCACAUUCAAGAUUAUAGUUGACUGCUUUGGGAAGGUUAUCAGCUCUAAGGAGCAAAAUGAUCGAAUUCAGGGACUUGCGUACAUACCUUUCAAGGGUCAGGUCAAUUUACGAAAUCCGGAUCACAAGUUUUGGCUUAUGGAAACUGAUGACUAUGGCUCUAAUAAUGGGCUUCCACCAAUUGUCCAAAAGAGAAUCUUUUUUGGGCGAGAAAUUGGGGCUGCUGAUAGGAAGCUCUUGCCGACCUAUCAGUUAAAAAGUCGCACUUAUCUUGGUCCUACAGCUAUGGAUGCUGAAAUGGCUUUUCUGAUGGCCAAUCAAGCACAGGCCUCCCCAGGGAAACUUGUCUAUGACCCCUUCGUUGGCACUGGCAGCAUUCUGAUCUCUGCAGCUCAUUUUGGAGCAAUAACAAUGGGUGCAGAUAUUGACAUUCGGGUAGUACGUGAUGGUCGUGGCCCUAAUUGUAAUGUUUGGAGCAAUUUCAAGCAGUAUGGACUACCCAUGCCGAUUUCUCUGUUAAGGGCAGACAAUAAUCUUCCUCCUUGGCGUUCUGGGUUAAAAGAGAUGUUUGAUGCCAUAAUCUGUGAUCCUCCUUAUGGGGUUCGUGCUGGGGGACGUAAAUCUGGUGGGCGGAAACUGUUGAAAGGGGUUGUGGGUCCUUAUACAAUUCCCGAUGACAAGAGGACAGACCACAUACCAUCAACUGCUGCUUACAGUUUAGCGGAGUGUGUGCAUGAUUUGCUUGACCUUGCUGCUAGGAUGCUCGUAAUGGGUGGCCGACUGGUGUACUUUUAUCCCGUACUAAGAGAAGAAGAUUCAAUUGAUACCAAUUUCCCCGAGCACCCGUGUUUCAAACUGGUUGCUGCCUGUGAACAGAUCCUAAGUUUUCGGUACAGCAGGGUAUUACUGACAAUGGUGAAGAUUGCACCAUACACCGAGGAAAUUGCCGAGGCUGCUAUGAUACAACAUUUGGAAUUCAAGGAGAACCAUUUGAAGUGGUUAGAAGAUGGAAAUCUUCAUUCUGGAGUUUUCAGUCCUGCUGAUCUGCUCAAUGGGACUGGUGAUACUAAACCAAGUAAAGAAUCAAAACCGAAAUAUAGAGGAAAAUAUGUUUAG